GAAAUAUUUCAUAAACACAAAUUUCAACAGUCUUCAAUAACAGUGCGAACAGCUGACAUUUUGAUUGUUUUGAUCGCACAGAAGCGUAAUUUUAUGAUUUUUUGUGAUCAUAAUAUUAUUAAUUGGACCAAAUUAAAUUAAAUUGAAAAAUAAACUAAUAUGUUGGCCUUACAAGCGCUGCGAAGCAUUGGGCCAGCAGCGGCCGGCACGGCACGAAACUCCCCCACAACCGCAACAACCACCCGGCACUUUUGGGGAUGGAUCAACAUGAUGUUCAAUCGGGUGGACACCGCACGCCUCAAAGUGGUCGGCCCGGAUCGGCUGUGUGCCGAGUGGCUCCUUCGUAACGGCGCCAGAGCAAAAUUCGUCAACGUACCACACCAGCAAGUCAACUACAAUCUGCUGCCGAACGAGUCGGUCCCGGUACUGAUCGAGGAGUUUGACGGAACGGAUUCCGGAAUCAUGCACAUUGGUUUUGAUCAUUUGAAGGGUCUGACCCGGCUUCGGAAGAUUAAGCUGCACAAUUGCGUCUACCUGGAAGACCAAGCGCUGGCCAAGUUGCAUUUCGUGGCUAAUACCCUCGAGGAACUGGAGGUUUCGAACUGCAAAAAUAUAACGGACUUUGGGUUGUUGACUCUUAGAGAUUUAAAGAAGUUGAAACAGCUCAGCACGCACAAUUUACCAUACGUGAAAAAUUUGCAGAAAGUUGAGGAGGAAUUAAGAAAAUCGCUGCCUAACUGUAAUCUGGAUCUGAAGCCUUGAAUGUGUUUCUAAUAAGCUUAGCAUUGCGUACCUACCUCCUAGUCAUGUCUUGCAUUAAAAAUUGUGAUUAAUCUAUGCCUUCUUUUUGUUGGGUUUUAAACAGAGUUUAACCCUUUGGAGUCGAAGACAUAGAAACGGCUGUAUAAAUUCACACAUUUAAUACAACAGAAUACUGUCUUUGGCAAAGUUGUUGCAAAUUGAGUACUCUAUUAAGGAAAAAUGGGAAUAUUUGUAUUUCAGACUUCACUGACAACCUAGAACGUCCUGAUUCUGAACACCAUAAAGUUUGGAGAAACGAACUGAUUGACAUACCUGUUGUAAAAGCUGAAUUUAGAUAUGGGUUACGUUCAUAUAUAUUUAUUUAACCUUUGUCAAGAACACCAAAAGGUGUUAUAUAUUCUGGGAUGUUCCAAACUGUCCUGUAGUAAAGUCCGUCAAAUCUACAAGAAUAACUUUAUGUGUUUUCGCCAUAAAUAAUCACAUUGCAUAAUCUGCUGGAACCGUGAAGCUCUUGAAAACUCAAAUGUCAUUUAGAGACACUAUAGGGAUAUUCCAGGUCAGCUAAACUACCUUGGAGUUCAGAACUUCAGGUCUACACUCGUAACAGUAGCCAUAUCUGUUAUACUGUGUAACGUUGCAUAAUCAAUCGCGGUUACUGGAUCAACAUGAAGUCUACUAUAUAGUAUUGUGAACCUUUGGGACAUGAAGGGACGUUCAAACUGUAUUGAAGUUUAGCUCUUGACUGUAACAGUAGUAAUUUUUACAAUGAACUAUAACAUUACAUAUCCAAUUGUAAUCUGUAAUCUUCCUGGCAUUGCAUGGGCCAUUCCAAGAUAAUUUUGAAAUAUUCCAGAUCAACCGAACAACUUUGGAGACCAUAGCUACAGGUCUACAAUUGUGAUAAUAGCUUUUGUCACUCUACGUGAAGAAGUGUUACAUAAUCCGCUGUACUUACCAAAGUGGUUCGAGGAACAAUAAGCGUUGUUAUAUAUUAUUGGGCUAUUAUGGGCUAUCGUUACUGUUAUGGAGCAAAACAGCCACUGUAACACGAAGUGAUUUCGUUUUAGAUAGUAACGUUACACUACCAAAUAUAGUUCAUGAACCUUUUAACUCUCAAGUACCUAUCACUUCAUGAUAGAUUUGUGAUAAUUUAGGCCAUCAAAUAUUUCAUGGAGUACACAGCUUCAUAUCUACACUUGCAAUGCUAGUCUGCUUGACUUAAUAAUGAUACAUGAUGAACCAUGUUUACUUAUAUUCUUCAAAUACUAGUAUGCAUUGUUAUGUACAUUUGAAACAAUAAAGGUUGUUCAAACUUUUAUAAAACUCA